UGACGAGUGGGAGUGAAGGACAAGCAAUGAAGACCUCAAGGGAUGAGAGGAAGAGGAAGAAAAAAUAAGGAGGAAGCGUUUGCACAUUCUCAUCUCGUGAUGGAUGUGUUGGUCGCUGCUACAUUAAACCUGUCCCUGACCAAGAUCAAUUGCUCAAAUGGUCUCCCCCAUAUCCGGAUUGGCUACUUUAUAGUUGAAACCCUAACAGCGUUCUUUGCCGUUUUGGGGAACAGUUUUAUCUGUUUUGUUGUGAUCAGAAAUAGAAAAUUAAGGACGACGACUAACUUUUUCCUGGUGUCGUUGGCUGUGGCGGACAUUUUGGUUGGCGCUGUGGCCAUCCCCUGUGCCCUGCUCUCGGACCUCGGCCUCCCCAGGUGUAGUUACUACCUCUGUGUCCUUAUGCUGUGCACACUCCUCGUCCUGACCCAAGCCUCCAUCUUUGGCCUGUUAGCCAUUGCUGUCGAGCGCUACGUCGCCAUCUUGUCUCCCUUCCGCUACCAGGUGCUGGUGACGCCGAGGAACACGGCGCUGGUCAUCGUCACCUCCUGGGCGCUGGCGCUGGUCAUCGGGCUGGUGCCCCUGAUGGGCUGGCGCAAGAUGCCCACCGGCGACGAGAGAUGCCUCUUCCACAACGUCAUCGACGAGACCUACAUGGUGUACUUCAGCUUCAUCGGCUGCAUGCUCCUCCCACUCUUCGUCAUGUUCGUCAUCUACGCCAAGAUCUUCCUCGAGGUCAAGAAGCAGAUCCGGAGGAUCGCCGAGAGGAACGUCAACAUCAGCUUGGAGGAGAAGCGGCGGAAAAUAAUCCGUAAGGAAUUUCAGACGGCCAUUUCCCUCUUCAUCGUCCUCUUCUGCUUCACUCUCAGCUGGAUCCCGCUGCAUAUCCUGAACUGCGUCAAGCUCUAUUGUCCGAAGUGCCACAUCCCCACGACUCUGAUGCUAACCACAGUCAUCAUGUCCCACGUCAACUCUGUGGUCAACCCGGUUAUCUACGUCUUCAGGAUAAGGACCUUCUGGGAUGCCUUUCGGGACGUCUUCUCUUGCAUCCCGCACGCGGGCUUCACUGGGAAAUACUCCAACUCAGACUGCACGGGAAUGAGUAAGAUUGGGUCGUUGACGAUCAGGAGAGACACGUUGCCAGGGAAAUGAUCCCGUGGAGGAACCCCAACCCAACCCCUCAGAUAACCAGUCAACCAGGUGUAACAAUCCUCCCAUGCGUAACUCACCCUCUACCGUCACGCCUACUCGUUUUUGUGAAGUAUUUUUCUAUUGACUGUGCAUUCCUCAUUUAUAUCUUGGCAACAAACAGAUUUAUUUUUACGUAGAGAUACAACCCUGUUGACCCAAUGAGUCUGCACUGCCCAAAUAGGCCCUGUGACCAAUAACUAAUCCGUACAUUAUUUGAAUGCGGGAGGAAACCCACAUGGUCACGGGCUUGUCAUGGACAGUGGCAGAACUGAGCCCAGGUCACUGACGCAGUAAUGGCGGUAUGCAGUCCACCACGCUACUUGCCGGCCAAUUCUGAAAUGCGACGCGGCCUAUUGCGAUCUGGUCUUCACUUCAGCGAGUUUGAAAGGCCUCGGGAGAGUUUUGCAAGAAUCCAUUAAGAGCCAUUGAGUAUUGACUGUUUUACU